UGGAUACCAACCGCCGUUAAACCUCAUCGAAGAAGAAGUAAAAUGCUUUCGCUUCACUUCUAACAAGAUAACGCAUCGCAAUAAAAUAGAUAAACCAUGAGUAAUAUUUCCAAGUCCGUGUCGACUUUAGAAGAAACGAGGACUGGUCUGUGUGAUGAGUUUGUGUCCAUAACAGGAUCCGAUAGCGCCGUGGCUCAAUGCUACCUCGCUGAAAAUGACUGGGAAAUGGAGAGAGCUUUGAACUCAUUUUUCGAGGCUGACAUGGAGGCAGUUUUUGCAGUGGAAGAUUCACCAAAGGACAGCAGCCCCCCUAAAGUUAAACGACAGAAGUUGGACAAACCACAAAGGGACAAACCACAGGGAAAAGUGGACUGCAUUGACCUGACCACAGAAGAGCCUGCCUGUUCCAGCAGCAACGCCAAGUCAACAGACUCCUCCAAGUCAGUGGAACCCAAAGCUAAACUUAAAGCCUCGGGCUCUGAGGAGCAGGACGACAGCAAACUGUCGCUGAUCUCCUGGAAUGUAGAUGGACUGGACACCGUGAACCUGGGAGAGCGUGCUAGAGGCCUCUGUUCUUAUCUGGCCCUCUACACCCCUGACGUGGUGUUUCUGCAGGAACUCAUUGAACCGUAUGUUCAGUACCUCAAGAAGCGGGCUGUCAGCUACACCAUCAUUGAGGGAGGCAAGGAGGGGUACUUCACUGGUUUGAUGUUGAAGAAGUCCAGAGUGAAGCUCCUGAACAGUGACGUCAUCAGUUACCCAACCACCCAGAUGAUGAGGAAUCUGCUGGUUGCUGAAGUGAAGUUCAGGGACCAGGAGCUGUGUGUGAUGACGUCCCAUUUCGAGAGCUGUAAGGGACAGGCAGAGGAGAGGAUGAAACAGCUGAGGGUGGUGCUGAAGAGGAUGACGGACGUGCCCAGUAACGUGACUGUCCUAUUCGGAGGGGACACCAACCUGAGGGACACAGAGGUGACAAAGGUCGGAGGUCUUCCCAGUGGUGUGUGUGACGUGUGGGAUCAGCUGGGGAAACAGGAACACUGCAGGUACACCUGGGACACCAAGGCCAACAGCAACAAGAGCGUACCGUAUGUCAGCAGGUGUCGUUUUGACCGCGUCUACCUCCGGCCGGCCAGGGAGGGCCCCGGGUCCCGGAUGGCCCCGGACCACAUGGCCCUGGUGGGGUUAGAGAAGCUGGACUGUGGUCGCUACACCAGCGAUCACUGGGGAAUCUACUGCAGCUUUACCACUGGCUCCUGAGACUGAGGGUGUGGCCCAAAUGGCACCCAGUACUCUUUAGUGCACUACUUUAGACCAGGACCCACAGGGUACCAUUUGGGAGGCACACUAACUGAGAAUGGAACAUGUUUGUGUGUAGUGGUCCCAGCAGGACUUGGAAGGGGCUUGACCCUAACGGACGGUUAAAAGGUUAACGUUGCUCUAAUAUUGGAUAGACAGUCUCUGAUUGGCCACUAAUAGUAGGAUUCGGAGACGGCUGGCUCACCUUUUUUUAGUUCCUUUAUUCUAAUGGUAGUGCCUUGAGCUGAGGACAGGGAAGGUUUCUAAUGAGUGCACAAACUUGACAGGUCUCUGGUCCUUCCCAAAUAUACCCUCAGAAUGAAAGUUGAUGGUGCACGUCCUAAGUGACACCCUAUCCCCUAUAUAGUGCACUACUUGUGACUAGAGACCAUAAAACUCUGGUCUAAAGUAGUGCACUAUAUAGGGAAUAGGGGGCCAUUUGGGACAGAAGCUGUGUGUGUCUCCUCCCAGGGUAUCCUCCCCAUCCCAGUAUUCAAAUGCUUUCUCUCUGAAAGCUUUACGCUGUUCGCCUCCUAACAGAUCUUGGCUGGAAUAUUAUGUUCAAUAUGUGAUUCGAAUAUAUGUUUGGUUUGAAAUCAGAAGUGUUACAUGUGAUGAUAAUUUCCCUCAUAUGUUUUAGUCCUGUACCUUGAAAGCGCUUGAAUAAAAUUGAAAUAAAUACAUUUAUGAUAUAAAACGCC